CUCUGAGAGAAAAAGUGAACCAGCAACACAACACGCACAGUCGUCAGGAUAUGUUUGUGGCUCUUUUUACCUAAAAGAAGUUUAGUUUUUUAUUUGUAAAUUUGACAACAUGCAGUGUAUACGAAGACAACCGACGCGGACCAAGUCUCAGGAGUCCUUAUACCGAGCGCACAUCAAAACAAUAGCGCGCGACAACAUGAAACUACUAGUUUUGGAGGGCGACCGUGACCUGCAGUUCCUGAUGAACGGCGGAGACCUUCUGAAAGUGCGUUCUGAGUCGUGGAAAAAGACGCGCUACUUCAAGCUGCAGGAGGACUGCAAGACCAUGUGGCACGAAUCCAAAAAGACACUAAAGACCAAACAGACAUUCUCUAUUGAGGACAUUGAGGAAGUCCGAACAGGUCGACAAACAGACAGUCUGAGGAAAUACACAGAGGAGACAUUGGAGGGUCGAGCGUUCUCCAUCUUGUUUAAGGGUCGUCAGAAAAGCCUGGACCUAAUCGCCAGCACUGAGGAAGAAGCCAAGAAAUGGGUCAGCGGUUUGGAGAAAGUCAUCUCAAGCUUGAACAACCUCAGUUCACAGAAGAAGACGGAGCACUGGAUCUACAGCUCCUUGCGGAAAGCAGACAAAAACCUGGACAACAAGAUGAGUCUGAAAGAGGUCAAGAGCUUUCUGAAAGACAUCAACGUUGAAGUGCACGAAGACUACGCUGAAAUGCUCUUUAAGGAAUGCGACAAAUCGAACGGUGGAUUCCUGGAGGGAAACGAGAUUGAGCAUUUCUACAAAAUCCUGACGAAAAGAGAGGAGAUUGAUGUCAUUUAUGGGGAGUAUGCAAAGACAGAUGGUCUCAUGAGCGCAAAUGACCUGCUGAACUUUCUGCUGACUGAGCAGAGAGAAGAGGUGUCCCAAAAUGAUGCCCUUCAACUCAUUGAGAAAUAUGAACUCGAUGAAAACGCCAAAGCCAAACAGCAAAUGACCCAGGAUGGCUUCCUGAUGUACUUGCACCAGCCGGAGGGGCUGAUCUUUAACCAGGCUCAUAAAAGUGUUUACCAUGACAUGAACCAGCCUCUCAGCCAUUACUUCAUCUCCUCCUCUCACAACACAUACCUGAUGGAGGACCAGCUCAAAGGACCCAGCAGCACUGAGGCCUACAUAAGAGCUCUUCUGAAGGGCUGCCGCUGCGUGGAGCUGGACUGCUGGGAUGGAUCAGACGGAGAGCCGGUCAUUUACCAUGGAUAUACUCUCACUUCAAAAAUCCUCUUCAAAGAUGUGAUUAAAGCCAUUAAAGAAUAUGCCUUCAAGACGUCCGAGUACCCGGUGAUUCUGUCUCUGGAGAACCACUGCGGUGUGGAGCAGCAGAAGAUCAUGGCUCAGCAUCUGACCUCCAUUCUGGGCAGCGCACUGGUCACCAAACCCCUUGGAGAUCAGAUGCCCACAUGCCUGCCUGCACCAGAGGAACUCAAAGGCCGGUUCAUUGUCAAAGGGAAGAGACUAGACAAACUGGAAAACGCAUUUUCUGAUGAGUCCAAGAUGGCAGAUGAAGAAAGUGUGUCAGAGGAAGAAGACGAUGAAGGUGACGAAGAAAACAACGAAAAGAAGUCUGGCUCGCUGAAGCUGGCGAAGGAGCUUUCUGACAUUGUGAUCUACUGCAAGAGUGUGCCCUUCCAUGGGCUUGAGGAUUCCCGGGAAAAGCAUUCUUUUUAUGAGAUGGCCUCCUUCAAAGAGGGGAAAGCUUUGAAACUAGCGGAGGAGUCAGCAACUGAAUAUAUCCGUCACAACACCGACAAGCUCAGUAGGAUUUACCCAGGAGGAAUGAGGACGGACUCCUCCAACUAUAACCCUGUGCCCAUGUGGAAUGCAGGCUGUCAGAUAGUGGCUCUGAACUUCCAGACUCCGUGUUUAGAGAUGGACCUGAACCAGGGGCUCUUUUAUCAAAAUGGACGAAGCGGUUACAUCCUAAAACCUUCUUACCUGCGAGAGCGCGACACUGAGUUUGACCCCAUCACCCUCACCAAGGGCCCGUGGCUGAAGAGAAAGACUCUUCAUGUGAUGGUGAUCUCAGCCCAGCAGUUGCCCAAAGUGGGUAAGAGAGAGUCCGCCAUUGUGGACCCUAUUGUGAAAGUGCAGGUGUACGGUGUGCCCGCUGACACAGCAGCUGUGGAAACAUCCUACAUUAAGAACAAUGGUUUUAACCCCAUGUGGAAUGAAAACUUCCAGUUGGAGGUGUGUGUGCCAGAUCUGGCCUUGGUGCGUUUCUUGAUUGAGGACUACGACUCCACAUCAGACAACGAGUUUAUCGGCCAGUACACACUGCCCUUCAACAGCUUGAGGAACGGAUAUCAUCACGUGCCUCUGCUCACUCAGGACGGAAACCUGCUUUCCUCGGCCGGGCUGUUCGUUCACAUCAUGGUUGUGGAUACAGAAUAACACACACACACACACACACACACACACACACACACACACACACACACACACACACACACACACACACACACAGCUUCUCUACUGUAUCUGAGAUAAUCACUGUAUUCAACAGUGUGAAAAACAUCUGCUAUGAAAAAAACCUGUGAGGCAGCUUGAGGGAUUUUAAUAGGCUAACGUAAAGUUCAACUAUUUUGAAAUUGUUAAAUGAUGGUCUCGCAUUUAAUAUUCACUUUUUUAAUAUUUGUAAAAUAUGAUACAUUUUAGUAUGCGCAUAUACAUAUUAAAUACAUUUAGUAUUCCUUAGUGGCAAAUAUGCAUUGAGGGCAAUAAUUGUCAGCGUGUUCACUUUUAACCUUAGUCAAACAGCAGUAGGUGUUGUUGUUUUUUUAAUAGCAGUUUUAGCAGAGGAACAAUUGUAUAGAAUAGACUACCAAAUACACAGGGGCACUUGUUUAGUUUUGAAAGCUGCAUUAGUUUUUAUCUUUGUCUUUUAUGUAGUUGCUUACUAUACUUUGUUGUAUUAAAUGUGGUACUCAAUACUGUCCCAUACCGUCAGCCAUUCUGAUGAACGCAUUGCCAACUGUAUACAUUUCUAUAAAACAGAAAUAAAGGAUAAAUUAUUCAAAA